CAUCUCUAUCAACCAUCCUUCAAUGCCCAUCUCAGUGAUCUUUGGUUUUGUUUCUCUGCCACUGCUUAUCACUCAGAACCCCAAAAUGACUGGAUACCGAACACGGCCUCCCUUCGGCUGACACGAACACCAAAAGCUGCUUGUUUAUUAUUUGUCCUUCCUUCCCUCCCCCCUCAUUGAUACCACACCAUCACCCCCCCCUUUACUCCCUCGACUGGACAGUCAGACCCAAGAAGUAGCACAAGAAACAAAGCUGUGAGAGCGUUCCACAAAGCCGAUCGGCCAUUGCCGAAAGUAUCAUGCUCUCGAAGUCUUCUUUCUCCCAGUCUGAGACAGAGAGAAAAGAGAAACAGGACCCGACCCGACAGACAGCUGCCUGCCGAGACCACCACACACGACAGAUCCCUGUUCAAGCUGUUGCCACGAGGAAGCUCCCCUCUGUCAGUCCAGUACAUGAACUUGCCUUCCUCAUCGAUCUCGAUAUCGAUAGGCUCCGGCAGGCCCCGGAACAGACAUUCGAUGUCGGUCCUCGUAGAAGCAUCAUGCCCAGGAGGUGUAUGUAUGUUCGCCCUGAAAAUGCGCCCUUUGGAUCCCUUGGACGGACCCUUUUGCGUCCAGUAAAACUUCCCUUCCAAUGGGGCAAGCCCGAGGCCCACGCACCACUUCGUCUGGUCGUCAAAGCCAGUCGCCCAGUCCCCGUUGCGGAUGAGGACUUCCAGUCCAGAGCCAUCAAUGUUACAUCGGAAGACGCGCAUGCCUUCGCGGUCGGAAAAGUACAUCUUGGAGCAGUCGUCGUCAACAGCAAUCUGCUUGGGCGUGUGUACCGUGCCGGAGGGGAUGAUGACCUUGAUGUCGCUACCGUCCAAGUUGCACGACAUGAUGCUGCCGUCGUUUUUAGCGAUCCCGUCUGGCAUGGGCUGGUGGUCCACUAUGGUGCGGAGAGGGGUUUGGCCAUCCGCGCUGCCCACGAGGAUACGGCCACGUUGGUACACCUCCUCUGGCGCGUUGUUGAGGCCAAGGUCGAGGAUGUACAAGGUCGGAGCGUGCAGGUUGUCGUAGGGAGUUUGCUGUUGGCCAGCAGUCUUGGUGGUAUAACCUGGUGGGUACAGACCGCCCUUGCUGCACUUGGCCCCGAGCCUGCCCUCCUGGAUGUACUUUUGGAGGAAGGCUAUGACGCCUGGGUCGUGGAGAUUCCGCUCCUGGAUGUAGUGCUGCUCGAUGAGUGA